AUGGACUUUCAAAAGUUUCUGGAGGAAAGCGAUAGUGAUGAGGAAUCGUCCAAGCCGGCAGCACCACAAUACCGGGCUGCGCCCUCCCAAAACCAACAAGGAGAUGCAGAAUCGGACAGCCCCGUAAGCUCACCGGCUGCUAAGCCGGCAGUCCUUGCCAGGUCCCCUGCCAAAGUUGCACAACUGGCGAGCGAGGAACCCAAAGACACCGUGCCCCCAAGGCUCAACAACAUUACCUACGACUCACCCUCACCCACAAGCCCGCGUAGCGGCAGUGGCAGCCGCAGCGGCAGCCCUGUGGCAGCACUGCCGCAUUCCCCACGCUCUGUCUCACAUUCGAUUCAAUCCUCUGAGCGUAACUCUGCAUCCGCGAAGUCCCCAAAGCCACAGCCCCGUGCAAGAUCGCAAUCACGGUCCCGGUCGCAAUCGCCCUCCAGUUCUCAGCCGCCUGCGCCGAGAUCUCGCUCGCCCUCUCCGGCUCCCGUAUCCACCGAGAGCGAGUCAUCUGCGCCUGUAGAGCGUGGCAGUGUUUUCGGCAACAUCCGACCCAUGAGCGAUUUGGUGGCCGCGACACCAGCGCCUUCUGCCAAGAACUCCGGAAUGCUCGGCGCAGGACAACGCACUGCAACGGCUGCCUUCAGCACACAGGCUUCCACGACAUCCCAGCCAAAAAAUGCAACGCAGAGUGCUGGAAUUGCAGCCGAAGUCGCGUCCCCAGAGAGCACGGCCGCGAAGCGGCCCUCUAUGCACUACGAGGAGGACUUCGAGGCCUCCAGCACAGGCAGUGCUUUGGUCCAGACACCAAGAGCAGGGCCGGUGCCUGCAGCCGCGGCCAUCGCGGCGGCACCUAGCACCGCUCCAACUGCUGCUCCUACAGAGAGAGCGUCUGUACCGGCAACGGUGCCGUCUGCAGCUGCGUCCGUGAGGACGGAGCCAAAGUCGCAGACCUACCAGGAACCUUCCCGGGAUCUGCAGGAAGAUCGUGGGAUGCCUCUGAGGCGAUCCACACGAGACGUGCAGGUUCAGGCCAGCAUACCUGUGGAUGUUGGAGUUCAGUGCGACUUGCUCGUUGAUGUUCCACGAGCCCCAGGCUGGGCAACAUCAUCCUCAACAGCGCCUUGGGGUUUCUCACCUUGGGAGCAGGCUCUGUCGGCAGGAUAUCCUCAUCCUGGUCCACCAGCCGGGUUUGGCCCGUACGGCAUGAUGCCGAUGCCACCUCCGGGCUAUUUUCCCUGGACACCACCGCAUGGCCCAGGCUUCCCCUUCGUCGCGCCCUGGGGCAAGGCGGGACCCACGGAAGCGGGGGCCCCGCCUCCGGAGCCUUCAGAGAUUGCGCCCGGUGCACCUCCCGCUGCACCAGCAGCAGCUUUGUGGGCGAUGCGGAUGGUGGACGACUCCUUCAAGGACCAGAUUGAGCUCCUGCGCCAGGCAGCUCAACGACAUCGCAGCCUCUUGCAGAAGGGGCGGGGACCACUGGGAGAGGUUCUGGAGAGAUCGGGAGAAGUAGGUGCCGCCUGA